AAAGCCCCACCAAAGCAUCGACAACACGUACGGCUGGUUGGUACUGUUGAUGACAUCUUCUUAUUGAAAGGAGGCAUUCGAAAUAAGAAACAUCAACGAGAUGUCUCAAUCAUUGCGACCUUAUCUUCAAUGCGUGCGAUCCUCCCUGACAGCAGCUCUAUGUCUCUCGAACUUCGCAUCCCAGACCUCCGAAAGACACAAUGUGCCCGAAAUUGAAGCUAAGACUUCACCGGAAGUUCUGUUGAAUUCAUUGACAGUCGCACGGAAUGAGAAUGAACGGGUUCUCAUUGAACCCAGUAUCAACAGUGUCCGAAUCAGUAUCAACAUCAAACAAGCGGACGAAAUUGAGCACAUUCUCGUACACAAAUUUGCCAGGUUUUUGACUCAACGAGCAGAAGCAUUCUUCAUUCUUAGGAGGAAACCCGUUAAGGGCUACGCUAUCUCGUUUUUGAUUACGAACUUCCACACAGAGGAGAUGUUAAAGCAUAAGCUGGUGGACUUCAUCAUAGAAUUCAUGGAGGAGGUCGAUAAGGAAAUCUCGGAGAUGAAGCUAUUUUUGAAUGCUCGUGCAAGAUUCGUUGCAGAAUCGUUCUUAACACCAUUCGAUUAAGCUUGGGGCUAGUUUUCGGGGUAUACAAUAUUGAUAGUAGCAUAUUUGAGAUCAGCGGUGUGGGAAGUCGACAUUUUGAUCCGGCGUUUCGGAGAAUAAAAGAUCUUAUAAACAGGCUAUCAGCUGGUAUUCAUUACCUUGUAUCAUUUUUGGGUGAAAGAACAUAUAUCAUCACUGCGAAGGACAUGCAAUCUUCAUUGAGGUCUUAUUUCAUAUCGCAGCUCUGACACCUUUAUCUUCAGACAGUCUUCUAAAUUGACUGUUCAAGUCACAGCUGUGUAUCUCCAUUACGCCGUGUUAUAUAGUCUUUGUACUGUGCAGUGAAAGGGG